AAGAAACAAACUACUGGAAACAUAACAUAACUUGGAAAAAGUUAAUUCUCCCUUCUCUUCCUGUUUUCCCCCCAGGUGUAUCCACCCAACUCAGGUGAUGAAUACAGCAGGGAAUCAGCCAGCUACGCACCUUCCAAGCCCCCCAGCACUGUAUACCCUGGAGCCUUCUACAUGCCAGAUGGGCUUCACAACUCGGCAGAUCUAUGGAGUUCCUCCAGCAGCAUGAGCCAGUCCAAUUAUGGGGCCAUCUUGGGCGCUUCUUCCUCCCCGCUUCCCCAGUCCAGCAACUUCAGCAGUCUUCACCAGCAUGAGCGCAUGAAUUACCAGAUGCAUUCGGGUGAAGUCAAUGGUGGGCUCCCCUCCGUCCCUGGAUUUUCUUCAGCCUCCACUCAGUAUGGAGUGUCCAGCCACACACCCCCGAUUGGUGGGACAGAAAAUGUUAUGGGUAACCGAGGAACCACUGCUGGCAGUUCAGGGGAUGCACUUGGAAAAGCAUUAGCUUCAAUCUACUCUCCAGAUCAUUCUAGCAAUAAUUUCUCUUCGAACCCAUCCACUCCGGUGGGGUCCCCUCAGGGAAUAACAGGUUCUUCGCAGUGGCCCCGGACAGGUGGACAGGGUGCCUUAUCCCCAAGCUACGAAGGCACCCUCCAUACCUUGCAAAACAAAAUGGAAGACCACUUGGACGAAGCCAUCCAUGUGCUGAGGAGCCACGCAGUGGGCCAGAGCAACCACAGGGACAUUCACGACUUGUUGGCAUCUGCUUCUGCGCACAGCACUUCUGUGGGCAGCCUUAGCCAGUCUUUCUCCCCGGCCUCUGUCUUGCCAAUUGCUAGUCGGCAUGCAAACUUGGUGGGGGGCGGUCACCCUGAAGACAGCCUCUCUAGCAAUCCUGCUCUCCUCCACAACCAUGUUGCUCUCCCUGCCCAGACCAGCUCGCUUCCUGACCUCAGUAGAGGCCAGUCUUCAGAUGCCUUUAGCGGCUUGACUGGGGGCCUGGGAAGGGCCAGCGUCUCGUCAGGCACCAGCGAGAUCAAGCGAGAGGACAAGGAGGAGGAUGAAAACACGUCAGUGGCUGAUAAUUCAGAAGAGGAGAAAAAGGAACUGAAGCCAUCUCGAAACAGAACAAGGUGCUCACUAAACAGUCAAGAUGAGGAUGAGGAAGACGACCUUCUUCCCCCAGAGCAAAAAGCCGAGCGAGAGAAAGAGAGGCGGGUGGCCAAUAAUGCUCGGGAGCGCCUGCGGGUCCGCGACAUCAACGAGGCCUUUAAAGAGCUUGGGCGCAUGUGCCAGCUACACCUUAACAGCGAAAAACCACAGACCAAACUGCUAAUCCUACAUCAGGCUGUGUCGGUUAUUCUGAAUCUGGAACAACAAGUUAGAGAACGCAAUCUGAACCCUAAAGCGGCUUGCUUGAAACGUCGUGAAGAGGAGAAAGUGUCUGGUGUGGUGGGCGAUCCCCAGAUGGCACUUUCAGCAUCUCAUGCAGGUUUAGGAGAUGGACACAACCCCGUGGGACAUAUGUAAAGAUGAUUUCUCUCCUUCACCUGGAAGCUGAUGUCUGCAGGAAGAAGGGAGGACUGUAUCAUUCACACACCCCUGCUGGGUGUCCACGCCAGAAACUGCAGUCUUGUUGAAAUACUGACAUGGCAAUGGAAAUUCAGUGUGCUCAAAAGAACUUUUUUUCCUCCACCAGAAAGGAAAAGCAACAACUUUAUCCAAAAAAACAAAAACAAACCCAACAGCAAAGAUUGCCUUAACUGUAUAUUCUGGAACUGUCAAUGCAUAUCUUUCAGUGGGAGGUGGGGGGAGAGUUAUAAGUGGCUUGUGUUCACAAAAGGCCAGCAGAAGAAAUUGUGCCUAUGCGUUUCUUUUUCUUUUUCUUUUUUCUUUUUUUUUUAAAAGAACAUUAGUUACAAUAAUUUUUUAAAUGUAGAACAAACA